AUGAAGGGCCAUUGUGGACCUGGAAAGUCCUCGAAAGUGUUUCUCCUCUCGGCCAGAGAUUCCAUGCUGGCCCUGGCUUGGUGGAGUUUGGACCAUUCCCGCAGGUCUGCAUGUGCCGACAUGUUCCUUGGAGGAUCCUAUCGCAUGCCAAGGCGUGUGCCGAUUGCACAGUGGCUCAGCUUUGAACAUUUCAACGGCCAAGCAGGAACCAUGGAAAAUUCUCUCAACAAUGGAUACUUAAUUUCAUCCUCCAUGCAGUUCGCACAAGUUCUCUCCAAUGAUAUGCCUCAUGUCAUCCAGACGGUGUCUCCGACGGCUGGCCGUGGGAAAUGCCACUAG